UUUCAACAAUUAUUAGCUGCAAAGUGAACCACUGACAACGCAGCAUCUCGUUUGUUUUAUCACUUCCUCUCUCUUAAUCAUCAUCUCACCCUCAUAAUCGUCAUAUCUCUCUCUUUCUCUCUCCAACCCCAUCUCUCUUCAGUACUCUCUCUCAUUGAUUCUUGCAGUGCAGUUUGAUGGUGGUGACUAUGAUUAUGCUGUUAAUCGAUCCCAUCUUCUCUUUCUUCUUUACUGCUUUCUUUUAAUUUUUGGGGUAUAAUAUAAGAGGAGAGGAAUAAAUAUCAAAUUUAUAUUGCCAGCACUAACUCGUAGGCAGCUUCCUAUCUUUCCAGUUGUCUGUCCCAUCUUUUUUUCACCCCCUUCCCUUAACAACAUCCCUCCAUCCCAUCUUUCACCAAUUCAAUUCCAAACAAAAUCUUCUCUCUCCCCCUCUCCUUUUCUUUCCUUCUUACCCACCACCACCUUCAAUCCCAUCUUUCAAUUCCCUCCCCACUCUCUCUCUCAUAUAUAUCAUCUCAAGUGAAUAUAUGAGGAGAGAGAAAGAGAAAUUAACAGAAUUAUAAGGAGAAGACACUAAAUUUAUGUUAUAAUCUGUACCACUUCUGAGGCUACUGUUUGUUACACAGUGGAAAAAAGAGAGAGAGAGCUACAGCGCAUAUACCCCUCUCUCUAUUAGGGAGGGAGUAGCUACAGGGGGAAUUGAGUUGAAGAAUUAAACAUGCAGCAGCAAGGUGGUGGAGGGUCCCAAUACGGAGGAGCACCGGCUGAGAUGCCACCCUAUGCCGCCACCGGAACUGACCCACGAGCCCACGAACAGCAGCUCAAAUUAGGAGAUCCGUCCCUUGGAGUUGCAGAAGCAGCCUCACCCAUCAGCUGCAGGCCCCCUGCCGUUGCCGGGAAUUUCGAGGAUCUUUUGCCUGUCUCCGGCGGUGGUGGAUUGCCCGAUGAAGACCCGCUUGGCGGCGACGAAGCGGAUCGAGUGGGUGGAAGUGGAGGAGGAGUUUCAGGAGGGAACAGGUGGCCACGGCAAGAGACCUUGGCCCUUCUUAAGGUCAGGUCUGAAAUGGAUGCGGCCUUCCGUGAUGCCACUCUCAAAGGGCCCCUCUGGGAAGAUGUUUCCAGGAAGCUAGCAGAGCUGGGAUACAAAAGGAGUGCCAAGAAAUGCAAGGAGAAAUUCGAGAACGUUCACAAAUACUACAAGCGAACAAAGGAAGGUCGGGCAGGUCGUCAAGAUGGCAAAAGCUAUAGAUUCUUCAGUCAGCUUGAAGCUCUACAACGUGCCUCCGCCAGCGGCAACGUCCCCGCCUUACCUGCUGCAUCAGCAGCCACCAUGGCGCUACCCAGCACCGCCGUGAACGCCUCCACAGCCGCUGCCAAUCUGGUUGUUGCUCCUGUUCCUGUGUCCAUUGGGAUGGGGAUCAGCAACCCAAUGCCAAUCUCAUCAAUUAGGACUCCUACUACUAUCUCAGCCAUGCCUCCCCAGCCCCAACCACCUACCAUAGGGGUGAAUCUCAUGUAUCCACAGGAUUUCAGUGGCGGCGCAGCACCUAAAGUGUCUGGAUCAGGUACAGCACCACCGCCAUCAGCUGCCGCUUUAGGAAUUAGCUUCUCAACGGAUAGUGAAUCCUCUUCUUCAGGCUCCGAGGACAUGGCGGAGGACGAGGAAUUGGAGGCGGAGGAAAUGGAGAUGGAAGAUGAACCAGGCAAUACCCGGCAUCGCAAGCGUAAAAGGGGAUCAUCUCAGAGCAGUACUAGUAAGAGGAUGAUGGAAUUCUUCGAGGGACUAAUGAAACAGGUGAUGCACAAACAGGAGGCCAUGCAGAAGAGAUUCUUGGAGACGAUUGAGAAGAGAGAGCAAGACAGGAUGAUUAGGGAAGAGGCAUGGAAGAGGCAAGAGAUGGCUAGGCUGGCCCGUGAACAUGAGAUCAUGGCUCAGGAACGAGCCAUCUCCGCCUCGAGGGACGCUGCCAUCAUAUCUUUCCUGCAGAAAAUCACUGGCCAAACCAUCCAAUUACCAAAUCCUGUAACAAUCCCGGCAGAUCCACCGCCGCCACCCAUCAUCAUUCCCCCUCCACCAUCCCAAGCACCAGCACCAGCACCAGCACCAGCACCAGCACCAGCACCAUCACAGCAACAAUAUCAAAGACCUCAACAACAACAACAACAACAACCGCAACAACAACAUUAUCAGCAGCUACAACAGCAGCAGCAACAACAGCAACAGCUUCAUCAAAGUGCUGAAGUCGUAAGGCAUCAUCAAUCAGCCAUCUCUACUGAAGUAGUCAUGGCAGUCCCGGAACAACAGGUGCCACCACAGGAGAUGAGUGGAGGUGGGAGCUUUGAGGCUACCUCCUCGAGAUGGCCAAAGGCCGAAGUCCUUGCACUGAUAAAUCUGAGAAGUGGGCUUGAGUCCAGGUACCAAGAGGCAGGGCCAAAGGGUCCUCUUUGGGAAGAGAUCUCCGCGGGGAUGCACCGGAUGGGAUACAAAAGGAGUUCUAAGAGAUGCAAGGAAAAAUGGGAGAAUAUCAACAAGUACUUCAAGAAGGUGAAGGAAAGCAACAAGAAACGGCCGGAAGACGCCAAAACCUGCCCUUAUUUUCAUCAGUUAGAUGCAUUGUACAGGAAGAAGAUCAUUGGCAACACCGGCAGCAGUAGUGGUACUAGCGGUAAUCUUUUGGCCAUCGAGAACAGACAAGAACCACAGCAGGAAAGCAUGCUGAUGAAUCCAAUCCCAACUACAAAGUUGCAAGAAAGGACUACUGAUGUCCCUAUGGUAGUGCCCUCACCACAUACUGCAAAGACUAAUGAAUCAGAAAAGAAAGACGGAGACAAUGCCAAUUUGCAGAAUAGUAAUGGAGGUUUGGCAGCAUCGCUCUUUGGGGAAUCUACCUCGAGUGGAACCGUUGGAGGAGCUAAGAAUCCAGAAGACACUAUGAAGGAGCAACAUAGGCAAAACCAACAAGAACAACAGUUGAUGAUGGAUGACUAUGAUAAGAUUGAGGAACCGAAUAGCGAUAAUCUAGAUGAAGAGGAAGAGGAAGAGGAAGAGGAAGAUGAUGAUGAUGAAGAGACGGAAGAACAAAUGAAGAUGGCUUAUAAGAUACAGUUCCAGAGACAGAAUGCGAAUGCGGGUUCCUCUAAUGGGGGAGGGAAUGGAGCACCCUCUUUUUUGGCCAUGGUUCAGUAACUUCCUGCCAAUCUUGGUGAUGGAAGUGAGCUGUGUUUCCUCUCCACCAAAUGUACCAUAUGUAUGUAUCUGCCAGAAGCUCGGCAACAAGAUUGGCUAACAUCAGAGUUUUCUUUUUCAACAUCACUAUCGUCUUCAUCCUCUUCUUCGGUAUAGUAGUUUUGUUAAGAUGGAUCAAUUCUAUCUUUUCUAAUUUAUUGAUUUGUUAGUGAAUAAAGAACCGUUUCAAGGUAAAACGGGAGGGGUUGAAUUGAAAUGGACAUAAUAAGCUCGCUUAGCAGCAACGAGAGAAACAGAAAAGAACAAAGACAUGCAGCCCAAGAAGAGAGAGAGAAACUGAUCUGCCAUACGAAGAGUUUCGUCAUCGGUGACACUCGAAUCAGGAGAAGAAGCUGCAGUGUUACUUGAAAGCUUUGUGUUUCUUUCUUAGUUGCUUGGUUUGAAUGAAAUGAAAGCGGAAAGGGGGUUUCAUUCAUCUUCACAUUGUUAUUAAUCUUUUAUUGACUUCAUUUUAACUUCUUUUUUUUUUCUUUUUUUUUUUUUCUUUCUUGGUUGUUAUUUUCUCAAAGAUUUACCAUUGUUGAAUUUUCAGUUAAGUUAUGUCA